AUGAACCGAAGCUCGAGCUCUGAAGCUGGCUCCAACGCAAUCAGUGGAGGAAUGAGAUCCGGUGACGUGAGGUGUCUCUGUGCGAAGCUGUCGGUGGUGAGGAAAUCUUGGACAGACGAUAAUCCAGGUAGAAGGUUCUAUGGAUGUCCAAAUCCAAAAUCGAAUUCUUGUGAUUUCUUCAAGUGGUUUGAUAUUGGGAGGCCUUAUGGUUGGCAAAAAACUUCAUUAUUGGAAGCUAGAGAUCUAAUUCGUGAGCAAGAAGAAGAGUUGAAGAAGCUGAGGGCUAUGGUUGGACGUGACGGUAAGGAGGAAGAGAACAAGAAGUUGAGGGCUAUGAUUGGUUGUGAUGCUAAAGAAAUGGAGUCUAAGAUGCUGCAGUUGGAAAAUGAGAACAAGAAGCUGAAGCAGGAGCUUGCUGUGAGCUAUGGAAAGGAGAAGAUGGGUAGGCAGUUUGUGAUAAUAUCGUGGGUGGGGUUUGUUUGCGUUACUGCUGUGGUUGUUAAUGCUUUGAAGUAG